CAGAAAAAGAAAACUUGAUUGCAGGGAUUUGCUGGGAUGUGAGAGUGCUAGAGUGUUUUUUUGAGUAAAAGUUCCAACUCCCAUUCACUAUGAACUCCUAGUAUUUAUAGGCUAAUCUUACAUAACUGUUCAUUAAUUUACAAUUAAUUAUAAUUAAAUAUGGCAUUUCAAAUUCUGAAGCGCAGUCUUGCUAACCGUUCCCGCUGCAUGAUUGUAGCUAUUCUCCAUGAACUCUUCGUGUAAUUAAAGUCAUUAACUUCCCACUUUUACUGCUGAUCGAUCAAUUCUUUCGAAAGCCUUAUUCAUCCCUUCGAAUAAAAUCUUCUAUUCGAUUUAGCUUAUUCGAUUGACAACACAAUCGAAAUCCACACCAGCACCGAUUACCUUUAACUUCAAACCCACGCCUGUCUUCUUGAAACACCAUACUUAGCUUAUUUUGAUUUGACCCACUCUUGUAGAAAAUACUUUUUCGAUCAACACUCAUAAUCUGCUAUCAAGUGCUUAGCUAAUUUUAAGCCUUUGAAAAAAGGUGGUAGUAAAAAGUAAGAAUACGGUUAAGUCGGUAGUAAACCAACUAACCAAACGACAUCUCAUGCUUGCAGUUUGCGCGGGAAAUUUUCACAGAAAAAAAGUUACGAGCUUGGGAGUACACCUUCAAGUAACCGAUAUUCUCUCCCAGUAAACACCAAGCAUAAGAAAAGUAAACAAGGAAUCAUCAUCCCCGUUGCUCAAAAACCCCUUCAGAUUGAAGUUUUUUGGGAUGGCGAGACUGAAGAUUAGAGGGACCUGGUCGGGGGUUCUGGAAGACGUCACCGUCGACGCCUGGACCGUACCAAAGCUCCGGGAAGAGGUGGCCAUGCGCGCCAACUGCUCCCCUGACUGCAUCAACCUCACAUUCGCCGGCAUGGUCCUCAAGGACUACGAUGCCGAUGCCGGCCACGUUAGAAACUUGGCCAGUCUGGGCGUCAAGAUCAACUCUAAGAUCUUCGCCUCUCGCAUCUCUCCUCAAGAAAGCGACGCAUUCAGAAGAGAAGAAGAACUUUUUAGUAGGCUUGAGGAAAUCAGGGCAGCUGCAAUUGUGAUGGCGGAAAAGCAUCCAUGUUUAAUACCUGUUGAGGACUUCAACAGAGACGCUGAAGAUCAAAGUGGAGAGUUAGUGCAUAUAAGUUCUGAGAUGGAGCAUAGGGCAGUAAUGAUGGGAGUGAGGCUUCAUGCAAUAGCGGUGAGGCUUAUUGGAUGUGAACUUUACAAUAGUGCAGUAGAAGCGCUUAGCUUAGGAGAGGAGGCAUUCUCAAUUUGUGAUCCAAAUCUCAUUAAGCUUAUUUAUAUUGUUCCGAUUCUGCACAUAAACAUGGUGUGGUGCUACUUUAUGAAAGGAGACAUCAGGUUGCUCUCGGAUGCAGGAAAGCAUCUUGAGAUAGCUAGGACAGGAAUUGAACGCGAUCAAGUGAAGAAAUCUGUUUGCCGCAGACUACUAGAAAAACUGCAUUUGAGACUAGAUUUGCUUGAAGGGGUUGUGGCAUAUCAUAGUGGCCAGAUAGAGAAAUCAAGAAAAGCAUUACUUUCUGCAAAAGUAAAAUUUAUCCAGCAUCAAGGCCCGGUUGACCCCAUAAUGCUUCUUAUGAGCUUUGAUGAUGCAAGGUUUGGCUUCACCCAAAAGGAAGCAAAUAGAGCACUGAAAAUGUGUAAUGGAGAUGUGGGGGUUGCCAUUGACUUCCUUAUUGAGGAAGAAAUAAAGGAAGUGCAAAAAUGCAAUGAUGAUAGCCAGAGAAGAAAGAAAUUUUGGUGGGUGUCACUUAGUAUUUAUUAAUUUCUAAUUUGAAGGUAUUUCUAUGUUUCUUGAUAGCUUCCUUCGUCAGAGAGGGAAAGCUGUACGGGUUGACACCUUCAAAUAAAGUUGUGAAUAUAAAGAGAUUGAAAGCAUUGGUUUCCUUUGGGCGAGUAUGAUUUGUAAAUGUAUUGUUGGUACUCUGGUAUCUGGUAACAUGUGAAGCAGUUAUUCUUGUAAUUUAAACCAAAAUAUCUAGUGCAUAAUAUAUAUCAAGAACUUUUCAGUAGCUAUUUAUGUUCAAUUGGUUAUUGAUCAGAACAACAGUUCAAGAUUCUAACCUACCUAAACAUGGACAGGAUGAAUGAUGGACUCUAGCUUCUCCUGUGGAGCAAAAUUAUUGAGUUCAAGAAAUAUUUAUUCCUUGCUUAGAGGAGAUGUGUUAACCGAGUAUUGGGACGAGAUCUCGGAUCCAAGCCCAAAACAGCUAUGUUGCAUAUAAUUUAUAAUUAUCAUUGCACAUUUGUAUUUUGGCAGGUUUGUCCACUAGCUAAUAGUAUAUUUGUCCUAUUUGAUACUGCUAAAUAUAGCAGGGUUGACGAGGAGCUUGCGGCUGAAGCCCUUAAAAGAAAUGAAAAUGAUAAGCAGAAAGCAUUGGAUGAUUUAAAAAAUCCAGAAACUAUUUCUACUUUACAGGCUGAUAUUGAGUCCAUGAAAAGAGAGAGACAGAAACAAGCAACAGAUUUUGCAAUUGAAAAAGCUGUACAAAUGGGUUUUGAAAGAUCAAGAGUGGUUGCUGCUUUUGAGGCUGGUGGCACUUCAGAAGAAGUAAUCCAAAGACUGAAAGUGCAACCGGAAGGUCCAUCAGAUAUCAGCAAAGCAGAGGAGCAAAAUGAGGAAAUAAAAGGCGAGCUCUCUGCAGAUAUAGAAAUUGCAAAUGAAGGACCAGUCAUUAUUUUUUACUUGCGUUCGGUAGAGCUUGCAUUGAGGAGGCUCUGGGAAGAAGACGUUCCUUCCCAGCAUGAUGAAAAAAAAGAAGGAUACAAGUUUAUGUAAAUAAAUAGCGGGUUGAUGUGGGCGGUGAAUGUGUGUCAUAGGGGUCAAUGUGUAGAUAGCAGGAUGAAUAAAUGUGAUCAUAUUCUUUUUCAUGCAGUAACUUUUUAUAGAAUUUGCUUUUGAAUUU